GCCAACGACGGCAACAAGGAAGACGUUGCGGUCACAGCGGCGACUCCCAAACGCGCCCGCCUCGGUAACGCAGCCCCCGCGGCCCUAUUCUUAGCUCGCCACGAGGCCGGCGCGGGAGCCGUGUCCGCGGUCCGCCCGCCUCCCUGCGCCAUGCGCACCCGCUCCACUCCUUGAGCACGUCGCCGCCGCCAGCGCUAGUGCGCCGCACGCACGCAUCCGUCUCCGCCUCCCGUGUCCAUGGCCGGGCGGCUCCUGCUAGCCGCGGCGCUCGUGGUCGCGGCGUGCACCGUCCCCGUGGCGGCUCAGAACAAGUCGGAGGCGGACGUGCUGAACGAGUUCAGGGCGGCGCUGCGGGGGCCGGACGGCGGACCGCCGAGGGAGCUGAACCAGUGGGCGACCGGGGGCGCGCCCGCGCCCUGCGUCGGCAACGCGACGCAGUGGCCUGGGGUGAAGCACUGCGUCAAUGGCAGAGUGCUGGUCCUGAAGCUGGAGGGCCUCCAGCUGCAGGGCGCGGCGCCGGACCUCGGUCUGCUCGCGCCGCUCCAGGCGCUGCGCUCGCUCAGCCUCGGCAACAACAGCCUCACGGGCGCGUUCCCGGACGUGUCCGCGCUCCCCGCGCUCAGGUUCCUCUUCCUGUUCCAGAACAGGCUCGCCGGGGAGAUCCCCGACGGCGCGUUCGCGGCGCUGAGGGGGCUUCAGAAGCUCAACCUCUCCGGGAACGCCUUCUCCGGGCCGAUACCGAGCUCCAUCGCCUCGUCCGGCCAUCUCCUGUCCGUCGACCUCUCCAACAACAACUUCUCCGGGCCUAUCCCGGAAGGGCUCCAGAAGUUAGGCGCCAAUCUCAAGAUCCAAGGGAACAAACUUGUCUGUGGCGACAUGGUCGACACUCCAUGCCCUUCCCCUUCCAAGUCGUCAUCCGGGAGCAUGAAUAUAUUGAUCACCAUCGCCAUCGUUGUGGUCACGAUUGGCGCGGUCCUGGCCGUUGCCGGCGUCAUCGCGGCGGUCCAGGCCCGCCGCAACGAGACACGCUAUUGCGGAGGCACCGAAACACUAGGCGGUAGCCCCGACGCCGCCAAGGUCACCUCUGCUCCGGCCGUCAAGAUCGAGAAGGGUGGCAUGGAUCAGCACGGCGGCGUGGUGACGCCGGCGUCCGGGAAGCGCGGCGGUCGGCGCGAGGACCACGGGAAGCUGGUGUUCAUCCAGGAGGGGCGGGCACGGUUCGACCUGGAGGACCUGCUCCGCUCCUCCGCCGAGGUGCUGGGCAGCGGCAACUUCGGCGCGUCGUACAAGGCGACCCUGGUGGACGGCCCGUCCCUGGUGGUGAAGCGGUUCAAGGACAUGAACGGCGCCGGGCGCGAGGACUUCUCGGAGCACAUGCGCCGGCUGGGGCAGCUCGUCCACCCCAACCUCCUCCCCGUCAUCGCCUACCUCUACAAGAAAGACGAGAAGCUGCUCGUCACGGACUACAUGGUGAACGGCAGCCUGGCUCACGCGCUCCAUGGCGGGGCGAGGUCGAGCCUGCCGCCGCUGGACUGGCCGAAGCGUCUGAAGAUCAUCAAGGGCGUGGCGCGCGGGCUGGCGCACCUGUACGAGGAGCUGCCGAUGCUGAUGGUGCCGCACGGGCACCUCAAGUCCUCCAACGUCCUGCUGGACGCCACCUGCGAGCCGCUGCUGAGCGACUACGCGCUGGCGCCCCUGGUGACGCCGCAGCACGCGGCGCAGGUGAUGGUGGCGUACAAGUCCCCCGAGUGCGCGGCGGCGCAGGGCGGGCGGCCCGGCCGGAAGAGCGACGUGUGGAGCCUGGGCAUCCUCAUCCUGGAGGUGCUGACGGGCAAGUUCCCCGCCAACUACCUCCGGCAGGGCCGCGCCGGCACCGACCUCGCCGGGUGGGUCAACUCCGUGGUGCGGGAGGAGUGGACCGGCGAGGUGUUCGACAACGACAUGCGCGGGACGCGGAGCGGCGAGGGCCAGAUGGUGAAGCUGCUCCAGGUCGGGCUCGGCUGCUGCGAGCCCGACGUGAGCCGCCGCUGGGGCCUCGAGGAGGCGCUCGCGCGCAUCGAGGAGCUCCGGGAGCGCGACGCCGGCGACGACAGCAGCACCGCCUCGUCGUUCCUGAGCGACGGAGAGCCGCCGCCGGCGCGGUCAGGCGAGCCGCCGUCGCACUCCGAAUAGAGGCAAACACAGUGUGGUUUCGGUGCAAACGCUGUGUGCGUGUCAUGUGACGAUGGCCAAGUACCAUGGUGGUCGGUGGCAUACAACGUUUGUGAGAGGCGAGGCCGGCGUCGUUGACACGUGCGUGACGGCCGGAGAUAGAUCGUCGGGGUGUGCAAGUGCAAGCUUGUCGGACCAUUUCCAGCGUGUGUAAAUUGAGUGUUAAAUUUUGUUGAACAAAAAGGGGAGUUAUUGCCGUGGUAUAGGAGAAUAAGGCCCUUUGGUUUUUAUUUGUGUUAUUAUUAUAUACUCCGUAUAAGCAUUGUUGUUGCAGGUGGUAUGGAAAAAGUGCUAGCAGAACAAGAAAAAAAAUUGUUUUCCAUGAAUAAAGCAGCUGGCUCUUGUGACAA